UCCUUUCCCCCACCUGCCUGCCAGAGGCCCCUGUUCCCCCUCCUCCUGCCUCAGGGAUAAGGGACUGCCUUGAUCUGCAGUCUGACACCCCUCUCAGGGGGUUUUCGGGAGUUGGUCCAUACCCGCAGCUAUAGGAGUCGGUGUGGGGACCAGGAGGGCAUCUAGGCCUCGAUUCCUGGCACUACGUAAUCCCCUAAGCUGGAGGAAGUAGCCUGCAGAGGCCCAGGCCGGGAUGCUGUGGUCAUGACCCCAUUACCAGCCCAGUGGUUUUCCAGCUUGAGAAGACCUGCCAGGGAGGGGAGGGGAGAGGCCCCACCUGCCCACCGGCUCUGCCAUCCCAGCUGCAGCCCUGCUGGUGACUCAUGCCCCUGGGGAGUGAGCCGGCUUCUCUCCCCUGGGGCACCCGGGGCCUUGGUGCUGAGCCCAGGGCCCCAGCAAGCUGGUGGCGGGGACGUGGGGAGGUGUGGUGUUGGGAUUGAGGCCCUCUGUCUGGGGAGAGGUCGCAGCAGAUUUUUCUUGCACCUUCUCCUGGCCCCGAAGACUACCUUCCCUUUGCCCACAGGGGAGGCCACAGCCCCCCAGUUACAUAAUGGGUCCCAGAUGCCUCCUGAGUGAGCAGCCCAGUGGGGCAGCUGGAUCCAGGAGUCCCUGUUCCCCAGUGCCCGGCACUGGGCACGACCCCAUUCCACUGCCUGGGCUCACUGAGGGCGUGGGUGGUGCCUGCCUUCCUACGCAGCCCCCAGCAGGGCUGUGCCGCCUGGGAGGGAUGGGGAGGCCCUCUCCAGGGAAAUGAAUUCCUGGCCUGACCCCAGAUGCCGGCCUGCCCAGCUCUGCUCCAGGGUAAUGCUGGGUGUACACACAGCCCCAUUGUAUGCCUGGGCUCUGUGCCCGCCAUGGGCCUGGCACCAGCUCUAUCAAUAGCAGUGGCUCCUCAGUUCCUCGGCACCCCCUGCCAGGGCCCGAACCACUGGGCCCCUGGUGGGGAGGAAAGGAGGCCUAGUGAUCGGGGUGGUGGGUGUGUCCUGAGUGGAGGGGCCGGGACCAUUCGGCCCCUUGAGGAGCCAAAUGAAUACAUUUGCUUUUCUCACCAAGUGUGAGGUACAGGAGCAGGGAGCGUUAUCCCCCACUCAUAUGAGGAGACCGUGGCAUUGAGGGGCAAGGUGACUUCCCCAAGGUCACAAUGCUACCAAGCGGUGGAGCUCAGGGCUGAGCCCAGGCGGCCUCGGGACCAGAGUUGGAACUCGCUUCCAGCUCGGGGUUUAAGAAAAGGCAGGCCUGCCUUCUUUUCACAGCCCAACUUUGGGGACUGUGGCAGGCCACUUCUGGAAAGUGUAUGUUCCCAGGGUGGAAGGGGGCCCAGGAGCAGUACGGUCUGGAACCCCAUGUGCUUGGGAGAAGCGUGGUAGUUAAUUUUCAAGGAUGAUGUAGGUGGCUGAGUGGGCAGAGCAGGUCUCCAGAUCUAGAAGACAGCUCUGUGCCUCAGUUUCCCUCCUCCACCUGCAUCGUGUAUCUCCUGUGCUUCUUGGGAGGGCCAAGGAAUGUAGAGGUGAGACGUGGCAAGGGCUGGGGCCUAGAGCCUCACACUCUUUUCCUCUGCUCCACAGACCGGUGGGGAAGGCCCCCUUCCCCAAUCUAGAUGCCCCUGGAGGCGGGCUGCCAAGGCAUCCAGGCGCUUCUAUUCUGAGAGUCCGUCCUGAGCUGCCCCAUCUCCUCAGGUUUCCCAGCCCGAAGGGACCUCUGAGGCUGUGGGCAGCUUGCAGAGGGGCAGCCUGGCUCUAGGCUGUGAGGGGGGUCCCGCUUCUGCCCAUGUCCCUCAGGGCAAGAUGGAUGGUGACCAGAUACCACUCUUAUGGGGUCUGUCCCAUUUCUCACUCUCUGGGGCUCUACCUCUACCCCACGAGCCACGACCCCUGGGGCUGGGCAGAGCUGAAGCUCCUCCCUUCCCUUGGCCCACCCUCCUUGUCCCCUGUCGUCCUGGGCAUGCGGCCUGGUCCCCUCCUUCAGUGCCACCUCAGCCCUCUUAAAAAGGGACAGGGCAUUCUGCAGUGACCACAAGAUUGUGUAACGCCAUGGCUGGGCCGUGGGGACAGGUGGGGAAGAGAGAAACUGGAAGCUCCCUUUUCCACCGCCCCCCCCCCACCCCCUGCCCCGGAGCCUUGUCUCCCUCCCCACUCUGCUGGGGCUCAGCUUUCUCUGUUUAUGCCGCUCCCACCAACCAGCCAAUACAGCUCCGUCCGAGGCCACAGGGGUGGACACGUCCAAGGGCUUCCGGAGAUGAGCGAUGUUUGGACAUUCUGCAGAAGGAAGGGGGAUGGGGCGGAGGAGAGGGAGCGAGGAGGCCUCCUCAGCUGAGCCCAGAGCUCGUGGUGGAAGGGCAUCCUGGAUGCCUCCAGGCCUGGUAGGGAGUUUGGACUCUGGAGGACAGCGGGGUGCCAUUGGGGGUGAUGGAGCAGGCGAUGACUUUUCUUUGUUGCUCAGCCCAUUUUGUGUCCACUCCCUUGUUCUCUCAGGGCUGUUUCCUUUCUCUGUUCCUCCAAAGACAAUAAACCCUUCUCUCUGCUCUUCAGCCCCUUCUCUCUGAUUCCUGCUCACCCCCUCCCACACGUCCCACACGUUCUUGGCGUCCUCUGCUCCACCGUCUUGGCCUGUUCCCUUGCCCUGCUUUGUCUGGCCUCCUCUCCCUCUCCCCAGCCCCCGACCCCCCUUCCCUGGGGUAGGGCUUGGGUGGAGUUGAGCCUUUGAGGAAUGGGAUAUGGGCCUGGCGGGACCACACAGGGUACUGGCGCGAUGGAGAACGUCUCCGGAGGAUGCUCCCUGUUCUGACAUGGCUCUCUACACCCUUCAGAAAACGACUGGGUCCCACAGUGUGGCUCGUCAGGAGGAUCUUACUUGUAAUUUGUCAACCUGAUACACGGAGAUACAGAUUUGUCUAGCCGAUAAAUCAGAGAGUGGCGGGCCUUCGUUUUCUUGUUGUUAAGUUUGGCAGAGAGGAUAUGGACCCAGAUGGGAAUCAGACUGCAGACAACUGUUGUUUCCUCCCCAGCAUCCAUCUACCUAUACACGUACGCACGCAUCCGUUAUAUCCCCAUGCACCUUGUCCGUGCUCUCAUGCAUGCAUAGCCGCCCGUUCAUCAGAUACUUACUGAGCACCUGUGUUAGGUGUUUUACAUUUAAUCCUUACAGAAAUUCUCCAAGACGGGCAUUCUCAGCAUUUUGCACAUGAGGACGCCAAGGCCCCGUGAAGUGAAGUGAGUUGCUGAAUGCUGCACAGACAGUAAGGGACACAUCUGGAACGUUCAGCUCUCCAUGCCUGGAAAGACAAGCUCUUAGUGUGGUAUCAAAGUGGCCCCCCCGACCCCGGGUGUUCCCAGUGCAUAGUUCUUAGCAUGGAACAUCACAGCUGUGCUAUCGAAUGAAUGGGCCUGUCGAGGUUCUGGAAUGCUGGAGUUCUCUAGCUCCAUCUUUGGUCCAUCCCGGGGUUGGGGGGCAAUGCAGGGCCCCGAGCCCUCUUGGCAUUUGCCACCAGUAACCACGUGUUGGCAUGACCACCCCUGGAAUGGAUGCUUCUUUGUCAUAGAAUGUGCCAGGCGCUGGCGCAUCCUUGUUUCUUCGCUCCAUCUUGCCAACUCUGCUUCCGAGGGAGGUCUUACCCCUAGCAGGUGGGAAAGUUCUAGGUGCACGCUUGGCCACUGCACCCAGUCUCCCCCAGUGGCUGGGCUCUCAGGCUGGCCCUUUUACUGGCCUUUCUUUCUAAGCUUUUGAGUUAGCUGCUCCGUUACAGGUCCGAACCUCCUCCUCAGGGCCCACUGGCUGAGACAAGGAUGUGGGUACAGGUAGUUUACUUGGGAGGUGACCCCAGGAAGAGCCCGCAGUGGGGUAGGAUAGGUGGGGUUGGAUAGACAGGGAAGGGAAGGAAGCCAAGAAAAUGUGUGUUUGGGAGCAGGUGACUGCUGUGACUUCUGAGGCUCGGGCUCACUGGGGGCCCCUGUAGAACCCCAGGACGAAGUGGGGUGAGGGAAUGGGUGUCUCUUCACUAGCCCUGCAAGGUCUCUGGCUAAGAGCUGCUGGGGGAAGACGGGAUGCUGGCUCUGACAUGGAAGAGGGUGCCAGCAGCUGGCAGGGGGUGUGGCCGGAGCCCUGAUGGCCUCAGCAGCACCCACCGAACCCAGGCCUGGGAGUCCCUUGGAGUAUGCCUCUUGUCAAGCCCCGUGUCCCUAGCGCCCACGAAGGGACGCUCUCUCCAGGCCCACGAAGCUGCCACGCUCAGCUGCCCCGGGGCAGACCCUGCCCCCUGGAGCCAGUCGCCAGGGCCACCUUCGUUGUGUUCAACAGAUACUUAAGGAGCUCCUACUGUGUGGCAGAGGAAGCUGUUAGGAUCCCUCCGGGCACUCACAGCAGAGGAAAGGGACCCAGCACACACGAGGUCCUUCCCGUAGGUCAGACACCGGCAGCCAUUUCCAGGCCCCAUCCGAGGCAAGUGCACUUCUCUGGGCUCCGUCCGCUCCCAGAGGGCGGGACGGAUGUGCUGGGUGGCACGGAGCCUGGAGCCACCUUUGAGUCCCCUCCCAGCCCCAGCAUCCUGAGACUGUGAUUGUAGCGGUUUCUCUGACUUCCUUUUCCUUUCUCUCAAUGCCCCUGCCUCUUCCCCUCCUGGGGCCACUGGCCCCAUGGCUGCCACGUGGUUGUCUUCUGGUGCCCUCCCUCUGUGUCUCUAUGAGGAACAGGAUGCAAUUUGCGGGGCAAUGGGAGGGGGGGCAUUUUAUUCAAGGGCAUCCUUCUGUGUCCCUGGUGAGGGCUCUGCCCGGCGCCUGCUUCCUGGAGAGGGGCCUCCUCCCUGCUGACUCCUGCUCCCACCGUGCAGAUUCGCACAGCAGUCCGAAGCCUUAUGGGGCUGAGGGCAUGGGAAGAGUUAAGAGAGGGAAGUGGUGCGUAGGGAGCCAGUGCCAGUGGCCGCCAUGGCGUCGCGCAUCGGGCUGCGGAUGCAGCUCAUGCGGGAGCAGGUACAGCAGGAGGAACAGCGGGAGCGCAUGCAGCAGCAGGCCGUCAUGCAUUACAUGCAGCAGCAGCAGCAGCAGCAGCAGCAGCAGCAGCUGGGUGGGCCGCCCACCCCGGCCAUCAACACCCCCGUCCACUUCCAGUCUCCACCACCUGUGCCUGGGGAGGUCCUGAAGGUGCAGUCCUACCUGGAGAACCCUACCUCCUACCACCUGCAGCAGUCCCGGGACCAGAAGGUGCGGGAGUACCUGUCCGAGACCUACGGGAACAAGUUCGCCGCCCACAUCAGCCCCGCCCAGGGCUCCCCGAAGCCCCUGCCGGCUGCCUCCCCGGGGGUGCGGGCCGGACACGUGAUGUCCUCCUCAGCCGGCAACAGUGCUCCCAACAGCCCCAUGGCCAUGUUGCACAUUGGCUCCAACCCCGAGAGGGAGUUUGAUGUCAUCGACAACAUUAUGUGUCUGGAUGACGUCCUGGGCUUCAUCAAUCCUGAAACUCAGAUGCCCAACACGUUGCCCCUGUCUAGCAGUCACCUGAACGUGUACAGUGGUGACCCCCAGGUCACAGCCUCCCUGGUGGGCGUCACCAGCAGCUCCUGCCCCGCUGACCUGACCCAGAAGCGAGAGCUUACAGAUGCUGAGAGCCGGGCCCUGGCCAAGGAGCGGCAGAAGAAAGACAAUCACAACUUAAUUGAAAGGAGGCGGAGGUUCAACAUCAAUGACCGCAUCAAGGAGCUGGGAAUGCUGAUCCCCAAGGCCAACGACCUGGACGUGCGCUGGAACAAGGGCACCAUCCUCAAGGCCUCAGUCGAUUACAUCCGGAGGAUGCAGAAGGACCUACAGAAGUCCCGGGAGCUGGAGACCCACUCUCGGCGCCUGGAAAUGACCAACAAGCAGCUCUUGCUCCGCAUCCAGGAGCUCGAGAUGCAGGCUCGGGUGCACGGCCUCCCCACCACCUCCCCAUCGGGCGUGAAUAUGGCCGAGCUGGCCCAGCAGGUGGUGAAGCAGGAGCUGCCCAGUGAUGAGGGCCCGGGGGAGGCCCUGCUGUUGGAGGCCGAGGUCCCGGAUCCUGAGCCACUGCCGGCUCUGCCCCCCCAGGCCCCCCUGCCCCUGCCGGCCCAGCCACCUCAGCCACCCUCCCCAUUCCACCACCUGGACUUCAGCCACGGCCUGAGCUUUGGGGGCGGGGGCGACGAAGUGCCCCCAAGCUACCCCGAACCUUUGGGGCCAGAGCACAGCUCCCCGUUCCCCAACCUGUCCAAGAAGGAUCUGGACCUCAUGCUCCUGGACGACUCACUGCUACCGCUGGCCUCCGACCCUCUCUUCUCCACCAUGUCCCCCGAGGCCUCCAAGGCCAGUAGCCGCCGGAGCAGCUUCAGCAUGGAGGAGGGCGACGUGCUGUGACCCUGGCUGCCGCCAUGCUGGGGAACGGGGGCAGGCCUGGGGGCUGGGAGGCCCGGGGCCGCCUCCCUCCCACCCUUUGGGCUGCACUUGUGUGUGAGGUAGCAAACUGGCCUGCCUCACUCCUUCCUGUUGGCCCCUGUUUGGACUUAGUGCCUGCUUGGCAGCCUGUGGGGUCAGGAGAAGCCCCCCCCGCCUGGCUCAGUACUCCCCAGGGACAGCCCUCUUGAUGGGGUUGGACAGGAACAGGACUUCAGCCUGGCUCCUGGAGGUGAAAUCAUGAGGGGAAGGGAGGGGACGGGUGUGCUAGAGGUAAGAGGAGGUCCUGGGUGGGGUGGGGGGGGUGUCUCAUCUUCUGAGUCUGAUCCCCACCCCUGCCGGUGAAGGAGGACAUGUUGGAGCAGGGGGCUCAGGAAGUUCCUUUUCUGAGGCAGCGACUGGUCCAGGGGGUGCCCAGGCCUGCCUUUCUGGGACUCAGAUGGCAACAAGUCUGUCCUCCAGCCUGGCACCCCCACCCCCCUUUGGUGCUAACAGCUCUCUACCGGGUGGUGUGAGGGCGGGGGUGGCUGGAAGAGGGGGCGCUGGGUUCAAGUUAGAGCGUGGGGUCACUGCUGGAAGAGCAGCUCCCCCCAGGCUCCCCACUUUGUGCCUUUAGUAAACACUGUGCUUUGUA